UUCAGUUUCAGCGCAGCGCUAGCCGGUGAAGGGUGAUGAUAGUAAUACGUACAUAGUAGUAAUAAGUUGGCGAGCCGAAAAGUCUGCCACUGAGAGCAAUGCAGCAAAGUGCAAUUGCAGUUUCAAGUGUGUUGUGUAUCGUGUUGUGCAAAGCAAGUGAUCAACAAAACUACACAGGCAAAUAAAUGUAUACGAUAAAAGUGGAGAAUCAAACUAACAUUAAUAUUUACUGUUGUUUUAUCGAGGCUGCUUUGACUCCUGUCUGGCCGUGGGAUCCUGUUGAAGAACUUUUGCUUCCGCAAUACGAGACCGAAAAUCAAUAAAUUCGUGCUGUAUAAGUUACGGCGAAAGGUGCGCGCUCACUCGGCUGUUGUUGUGUUCGGCUCUCGGAUACGAAUAUAAAGCGGCAGCAUUUUUUUCUUGUUGUUGUUGUUUCUGCUGCUGCUCCUGCUGCGCUGGGUGGGUAGUGCAAAGCGGUGUAGAUUACAACAAAACGUCGCGCAUGAAACGUGACUGAAAUUAUUGCACAAAAAGGAAACGGCGCUUACACGCGCCAAACAGGCGUGCGUAGGCGGCAACAGUAAAUACGAGAGAAAGAAACCGAGUGCUUAGGUGAGGGAAGAAGAAGAGAGAAAGAAUAGACAGAGAGCGCAUUGAGCUCUCGCGUAAAUCAGGAAGCAAAAGUAAAGCAAAAAAUAACAAACAAAAAUACAUACACCGAUGGCGAAUAAAUAGAAACCGAAACUCAGUGUAAAACGUAACAGCAAAAAAUGUACUAGCAAUGUAGUGAUAGUAGUAGGAAAUCAGUGUGAGAGCGAGAGGACCCCACGGACAUCCAAACACCCAUACAAAACGGGCUGAACGGUGACGUCGCAGUUACAGUUGACGUCGACGUCGUCGUCGUAGUAAGUUUUUCAGUGUUGUGGGUGCAGCGUCGCGUAAACACGAACGUGUGUUUGUGCGCGAGUGUGCGUGUGGAAUGUGUAAUACAUAAAUAAAAUAAGGCGAAUAGCAAAAAAUCAUGAUAAAGUUUGUUAGGCACAAAAGUCGCGAGAAUUCAUUAAAGGCAUCGAAAAAUUUUCUGCGUAAAAAGCGUGAAUCGAAUGACUCUGGCACCGAAUCUGAUGGUGAACUCCUCGAUGUGGAAAACAAACGUCACUUAGACGUGGAUAUGGAAACUAGUUUGAGUUCCUGGACGGAUGCAAACUCACCUACAACCGACACUGCAUGCUCAUCCGAGUCUUCAGCCAUUGCUGCUGCUGCAAUGAUGUGUCACCAUCAGUCGUCGUCGUCAUCCUGCGCCCAUCUUAUGUAUGACCAGCAUAGUUCCGAGGAGGAGCUCGAGGUGAUUAAUGGGCCAUCAGCGGUGGCUGCUGCCGAAGCAGCGGCAGCGGCGCAUACAACUACAGCCACCAGUACAGUGGCAUCCUCGUCCUGUGCAUCGCGUCUAUCGAAUCGAGGUUGCACCUCAUCUCUGGACACGGAGGCCCCAUAUGAUGAGCGUGCGACAACGUCGUCAAACUCGAAGCGUUCCAGCUCAACGCUAAUGGUUGAGAAUCGAAAGCGUUCGCUGGCUCACAGCUCUGAUGAUGAGUUGCGCAACUCGCUGGAGCCCAUUCUGACGCCCGUGAAUUUUCGUACAUCGCCGCCAUUAGAGGCAUUUAAGCCAAAUCGUAGCCAUAUGAUGUUCCGCUCCACAACGCCACUGAUAUUAUCGGAGGCCAGAUGUGGCAUCGAAAAUAUUAAAUUAUGUGAUAAUAGUGUAAAUGAGGAGAACGGUGACGGCAACAACGGAAACAGCAACAGCAACAAAUGCCCCAAACUUGCAGCUGGCGGAGAAGGAGGCAACGAGAACGAGCCGAGUGGGAUUAAGGCCUGCAGCAGCUCCUUAAAGAUGAGCAACAGCUCGCAUCAUAUUUACCAGCCGCAGCCCAAGUAUAGUUUCCACUACAACAGCUCCAGGAGUAGUCCGGCCUCCACAACCGGACUGGAUAUGGAGGUGCGUUCGGUUAGUCCGCCUGCGAAGUUAUUUCAUUGCGCCAUUUCGCCGCGUCGACGUCCCAGCAAUAAUGUUGCUGCUGCUGCUGCAGCUGGAACUGGAGCAGGAACAGCAACAGGAGCAGGAGCAGGAGGAGCUGUAGGUGAAACCGCGAAUGCUGCCGUUACCGUUACCGCCGCCGCCACACAGAGACUGCAGCGGCCGCAUCGGCCGUGUUUAGAUUUUGAUAAGAUGCAGCAGGUGAGUCUCUAAUGCAGAGCGCGCUAACAGCGAAUGAAAAGGAAAAGGCAAAUCAAAGACUUUUUAUACAAACAACAACAAAACCACAUCAACAACAACAACAAUUGCAAACUGUAAGAGAGUACCUAAGCAACUAGUGUUGAUCAACGAGAGAUUUACAUACGAGAGCGUUGUACAGCACUGGCCAUACAAUUAGGCGCACACUACACGAUCAAACGGCAUGACGAACGCGUCAGGCAACAAACCGCAACCAACCAACAGGCAUACAAUAAACAACAACAACAACAACAUCAAUAACAAUAAAAACAAGCAGCAAGAAAAGAUAUCAAAUCAAAUUACAUGAAGCUAAAAAUAAUUGAGAUUUUAAACAGAAAAUAUGCUAACAAUGUAACAACUAACAAUAAAAGCAGCUAUUUUUUCACAAUUUUAAACCAAAAAUACAAAAGAUAAUAACAAAUAAAUGAACAAAAAACAAAAAAAACACGUCAAGUUUGCAGCGAUGUUUAGAUAUAUGUAUAUGUAUAUGGAUAAAUGUAUGUAGUAACUACAUAACUGUAAAUAUUGUAUUUGUGUGCGUUAACAAAAACAAACCGAAACAUUUUUGAAAAUUGUCAGCGAAUAUUUUAAUUUUUUUAGAAACGUUUACGUCAAGUCAAACAUACAAAAAAGAAAUAGAAACUUAAUUAGAUAUUAAAAAAAAAAAAAAUAAAAAUUAUGAAAAUGUGGUGUGAUGUAGAACGAAGACUCGAAAUCUUUAAAGAGCAAAAUUAUAUUUCUAUAAAUUGUGUAAUGUGCAAAGCAAGAAUGGGAAUAAGCGAAUUGUGAGCGGUUAGUGGGAGCAGACGGAGGAGGAGUAGGAGAAAAUAGCGUAGCAAACACUGGGGACAAACACAAGACAGCAACAGGCAACAAUAGCAAAUAACAAAUAAAACAACUAACAAACAUUUAAAACUUUUGUAAGCAACAGCAGAGAAACUAUGUAUGUUGGACAGUUGGAGAACAACCAGUUGAAAGCUAUUUUAUAAACAAUAUUUAAAAUUAUCCUAAAAACUAUUAAACAAAAAAACGAAAAAUUAAACAAUACCAAAAAGCUGCCAUCAAUUAAAACCAUUCAUAUAUUGUACGUAUUAAAUAUCCUUUGUUUACAAUAUGAUUGAUGACAUUGAUGAUAAAACAAUAAACGCAACAAACAAAAACAAUUGGGAAAACAUUUACAGGUGCAUAUGUAUGUGUAUUAACUUUUCUUUGUCAGCUUAUGUAAACAAACAUAAAACAAAACGAAAAACUUUAAACAAAAACCAAAACAACCAAUAAUAAGACCAUAUUAAAUUUUAAAACAACCGAUCGAUAUGAGAAACCAAAAGAAAUACAAGCAAAAAAAUAAGAAAAAUAAAACAAAAACCAUAAUUGUGUGCAACCAUAGCAAGCAGAACAUGCAACAUACAUUUUUAAGUAUAUAUAUUAUAAAUGAUAUUCAAAGUAAUGCUAAUUUUAAAUCAUAUUUAAUGUGAGAAGCAAGCAAGAUUUCUGUUAACUCCAAAAGUAGUUGAAGAAUUUCGUAAUAUGUAUUUUCAAUAACCAUACCCAAAACAUAUAGAAUUACACACACACACAGACCACACAAAAUGUUUCACACACUACCUACCAAAACAGCAUAAUCCACACCACCAACUAAAACUUAAACAAAAUCCAUCAAAGAUCAGGCAAGUCAGGAGCAAGCUGGAGAGGGGAAAUGCAAGGUACUAGGCAUGCAGUUUUCAUCAUUUUUUAAAUUAAUUAAUUAACAAACAAACAAAAUGAUAUGAAAUUAAAUUAUAUUAUAUAUAUAUAUAUAUAUUAUAAAUGGAGAAUGGAAGAUAUCAUGGACUGAGCGUAUGUUAGAGAGCAAGUGAAGAAACCAAUACUAGGUUCUAGUUCUUAAGUUUAAAGUGAAAAAAA